CUACAGCUGCUAUCGGUUGCCAAAAGUGUAACGAAGCACGAGAAAGUGCACGCGUCUGAUAAUUUUGACUUGCCUGCAGAGAGACUUGUAAGCAUGGCAGUUGUAAUCGGAUGAUAUCCUCGCCUUGAUCCGAAAAAACCAUGAUCGUUACUUACGAAAUGCAGCUAUCGGUUGCGAGGAGUGGGCGAUCAAGAAAGGGUCAGGAAUUUCAUAUUCAUAGCCUGCGUGGAAUUUUAUUGAUCAAACCCCCGCUCGGUUACUUCGCAAUGGAUCCUUGGAAGACAUCGGUCAGCGAUCGAAAUUUACAGAAACUUUUCUUUGUUCUACAUACGUAAAAUAGAAACUUUGAUCUACUAGGGCUUCAGCUCAGCCUGGAUUGUAUUCUCGAACUGUGAGGAUAGAGUGUUUUGAUUAUGAAUACGAUGUGAACAACAGAACAGACACCUGUAUUGCAUCCCCGAUCACUUAUGUGUACGUCCAUAUCCGGUUGAUUUUACAUUGACUAUCGAAAACUAAUACUCGUGUAGGAUAGAAAAGACUACUCACAGCCUUACUCCAGUACAACUAACUUUUUCGCAUCGGAUUCGCAACCAAUUAACGACCAGCACGUUGCUUUAUUUCGCCCAACAUCUGUCGCCUCACCUUUCAGCCUGUUGUAUUUUUCCCAACAAUUUCUCACUGAAUUAUCGCCGCCGCAUAGAAAACGUACACACAGGAGACACAGUUUUACCCGGACCUUGCGAGACCAAUCAUGUUGACGUUCAAGCGUGGUGUUCUUUGUCUGCUUGCUGCGCCGACUGCGGCGCCUCAUAGCUUUUUUGCGCAGGGUGUCAUGGUCACUUCUGCUUCCGGUUCGUCCGAUUAUAAACCCGACGCGCCAUCUCCUACCACGGAUGACGGAGAGGAUGGAACGCUCAUCCUAGGUCAUUUCCGCAAGCCACCCCCGCGCUAUCAGGAGUUUCUUGAUUACUUCCAAGUAAAGGACCCUGCCGAUUUGGCCGAUUUGCAGGAGGAUUUCGAAGUUUCGAUGGAAUUUGCCGAAAACGGGGAGACUGCGGACCAGAUGUGGCGAGAGAAGUACCUUCGAGGAAAAUUGGACAAAGAAAUGACCGCGGAUCAUUUUGCUAGACUAGCGGAGGAAGAGCGAGCUCGUGCGGAGGAAGAGCGAGUUCGUGCGGAGGCAGAACGAGCUCGUCGUGAUGCCGCGAACCGAGAAUUCGCGGGAAGGACGGGUGGAAAAGAGAAACGUUCAACCAAAAAGUCGUCCGAAGAUUUUCUCGACAACAUUAUUCCUGUCACACAGACACAGGGUGCGGCUUUUGAUAUCUUCCCGACUACGCAGAACGCACAGGUGUAGGAUUAUCUUUCGCUGCGCCCCCACUGAUAUCAUGAAUAUUGAUAUUAGUGUGGAUGCGCCGUCAGUCUCAGCACGAAGGAAGGAGCUUGGUCAGUCUCAGCACGAAGGAUGGAGCUUUAGCUCGCCAGACUAGAAAGGCUGAGCUUUCUCCACUGCACCUAAUAUACGCAUGAUCACGAAAUUCUAACACCGAUGCCAUCAUGUUGCUGCGCUGCAGUGCCACGCUUUCGUACUUUUCUAGAGGAUUUGCAUGUAAUUGAUUUAUACUUCUGUGCCGAUUCUUGUUAUUAGAACCGUGCUGUUUAUUCACAUGUUAGUUUUCAGGUUUAUGGAAUGUUCACGUGACAGAGCUGAACGCAACCAGCAACAGAGUGCGCGCUAACGCAGCACUACUUUUUUGCAAAAGGUGCCAAAACAUCUAAUAAACAUGGUUAGGCCGCUGGACGCAAGAUGAAACGAUCAAGUAAAGUUAAGUCAAGUACGUACUUCGACCACGAAAACUCGUGUAUGAUGACUCACGAACUCCGUGAAGUGAAGUUUUGUCCUCAACAUAACAAGUAGAAGUACUUAAUUGCACAAUAUUCCGCGCGAAAAAACGCAACCAAUAGAAU